GCUGGAGAGGACGCUGGAGGAGAUGAUGGAGGGACCAGUGAGAAAAGAGAAGGAGAAAGAAGAAGGGGAGCCUGUUGACCUGAUGCCCAUAGUGGACUCUGUGUUUGGACAGGACAGAGAGCUGAGACCAGAGGAGCUUGAUGAGCUCCGGGAGGCGUUUGUGGAGUUUGACAGGAACAAAAAGGGCUACAUCAGUCACAAAGACCUCGGGGAGUGCAUGAGGACCAUGGGAUACAUGCCAACAGAGAUGGAGCUCAUCGAACUGAGCCAGCAGAUCUGUGAGUGGAACAACACUAAAGGUGGAGGUAAAAUUGACUUUGAGGACUUUGUGGAGCUGAUGGGACCGAAGAUGUUAGCAGAGACGGCUGACAUGAUCGGAGUCAAGGAACUGCGAGAUGCAUUCAAAGAAUUUGACUCAAAUGGUGAUGGUCAGAUCAGCUUAACCGAGCUGCGUGAAGCGAUGAAGAAACUAAUGGGAGAACAAGUGACCAACAGAGAGAUCAACGAGAUUCUCAGAGAUGUUGACCUGAAUGGAGACGGCCUGGUAGACUUUGAGGAGUUUGUGAGAAUGAUGUCCCGCUGACCUCGCUGGCCCACCUGUCAGAUGAACAUACAGACAUUGUGCAACGACUGCUGGAUUAAGGACAACACUAC